CCCUGAUUAGCGCCAUAACUUUAAUGACACAUAAGCCCGAGGGAAGGCAGCAGCGAUUUCGUUCGCGCACCGCGAAAUGAGAUCGCAAAGUGAAACGCCGGGCGUGGAUCACCACCUUCAAAGGCCAGGGAAUCGGAGCAGAACCGAUGGAGCAGCGCGACCACUGGGUCUUCCCUUUGCUCCGCAGGUCUUAGCUGUUGGCCAACAUCACUGGCUUCCGAUAUUGAGUAAUUAAACUACACGGGCCCGACCCACUGCUCGGAAAUCACCCAACGGCCAGAGAAAAGGCAGGCUAGUAAGACGUUGGGGCCGACUGUCCCCCCUGCAACAAGCCGCCAAUAGCCUAACUGGGAGCUCCAGGGAUGUUCAAGCCGGACUCACCUUUGGCCAGCCACUUUCAGUCCAGGGUUAGAUAGGUAAAAGGGAGUGGAAAACAUGGGCUGAUGGCGGCAAAAAGAACCAUCAACCAACGGAAGUCUAGCAAUGAACGAGGGAUCCAUCCGCUCCGCGGCAUCCCGCAGUGGGUCGGGUCUUUUGAGCCGGGUGUUCGUUCACCAAAAAAUCUCAGUAAUAAUCUUUAUCAAAAAUAUCAUAAUCUCCG